AAAAGUGGCAGAAUAAGCUAAGGACUCUGGGUGCAUACCUCUUCCCUGGUGGCCUGGGAGUGGGGCCAGGUGGGGACCCCACGCGUGAUGAGGGUGUAGCAAGAGUUUGGGGGCCUCCCGACGAGGUCCCAGGCAGGGCCCGGAGAUCCCUGUCUGGGGCUGGGGGCUGCCCCCCUCCCCUGGCCUGGCUCCUGCCGCCCGUGCCGCCGGUGAAAUGCUGUUGACAUGUCCUGAAUUAUUAAGCACGGGGUGGGCUCCGGAGCACAUGCUGAGCGGAGCGGCUGGGGCUGCACGGCGUGGCGGAGCAGCGCUCGCUCCCUCGCUCACUCGCUCGCUCGCAGGGACACACGCAGGGGCUGACAGCUGUGCUGGUGCUGAUAAGGGAAGCCACAAGGAGACGAUCGAGGAGAGAGACAAGCGGCGGCAGAGGCAGAGGCAUCAUCAGGGCUGCGGAGCUGCUGGGAGUGGGAGUGACUCCCCCACCUCGGCCCCCACCCUGUCCCCAUCCUCUUCCCCGUUUGCCCUGAGUUUAGAAGAGCCGCUGCUGCCAGCGCCGCCACUCCGGAGGGCACCUGGGGCUGCUGGCCAGGGAGGGACAGGGGCAGGAAGGCUCCGGCUGGUCCCAGCAGCUGGGGACAGAUGCCGAUCGAGAUUGUGUGCAAAAUCAAAUUUGCAGAGGAGGAUGCGAAACCCAAGGAGAAGGAGGCAGGGGAUGAGCAGAGCCUCUUGGGGGCCGCUCAGGGGGCAGCAGCCCCCCGGGACCUGGCCACCUUCGCCAGCACCAGCACUCUGCAUGGGCUGGGCCGGGCCUGUGGCCCAGGCCCCCAUGGACUGCGGAGAACCCUCUGGGCACUGGCCCUCCUCACCUCUCUGGCUGCCUUCCUGUACCAGGCGGCCGGCCUGGCCCGAGGCUACCUGACCCGGCCUCACCUGGUGGUGAUGGACCCUGCUGCCCCAGCCCCAGCGGCCGGCUUCCCCGCCGUCACCCUCUGCAACAUCAACCGCUUCCGGCAUUCGGCCCUCAGCGACGCCGACAUCUUCCACCUGGCCAACCUGACCGGGCUGCCCCCCAAAGACCGGGAUGGGCACCGUGCUGCUGGCUUGCGCUACCCAGAGCCCGACAUGGUAGACAUCCUCAACCGCACCGGCCACCAGCUCGCCGACAUGCUCAAGAGCUGCAACUUCAGCGGGCACCACUGCUCUGCCAGCAACUUCUCCGUGGUCUAUACUCGCUAUGGAAAGUGUUACACCUUCAACGCGGAUCCGCAGAGCUCUCUGCCCAGCCGGGCGGGGGGCAUGGGCAGCGGCCUGGAAAUCAUGUUGGACAUUCAGCAGGAGGAGUACCUGCCCAUCUGGAGAGAGACAAACGAGACAUCAUUUGAAGCGGGCAUCCGAGUGCAGAUCCACAGCCAGGAGGAGCCACCUUACAUCCACCAGCUGGGAUUCGGCGUGUCCCCAGGCUUCCAGACCUUUGUGUCCUGCCAGGAACAGCGGCUGACUUACCUGCCCCAGCCCUGGGGCAACUGCCGGGCGGAGAGUGGGCUCGGGGAGCCUGAGCUUCAGGGCUACUCAGCCUACAGCGUGUCUGCCUGCCGGCUGCGCUGUGAAAAGGAGGCCGUGCUUCAGCGCUGCCACUGCCGGAUGGUGCACAUGCCAGGCAAUGAGACCAUCUGCCCGCCAAAUAUCUACAUCGAGUGUGCCGACCACACACUGGACUCCCUGGGUGGGGGCUCCGGAGGCCCGUGUUUCUGUCCUACUCCCUGCAAUCUGACCCGCUACGGGAAAGAGAUCUCCAUGGUCAGGAUCCCCAACAGGGGCUCGGCCCGGUACCUGGCAAGAAAAUACAAUCGCAACGAGACCUAUAUACGAGAGAACUUCCUGGUUCUCGAUGUCUUUUUUGAAGCCCUGACCUCUGAGGCCACGGAGCAGCGAGCAGCCUACGGCCUGUCAGCCCUGCUGGGAGACCUCGGGGGACAGAUGGGACUGUUCAUCGGGGCCAGCAUCCUCACAUUGCUGGAGAUCCUCGACUACAUCUACGAGGUGUCCUGGGACCGACUGAAGCGGGCGUGGCGUCGUCCCAAGACCCCCCUCCGGACCUCCACCGGGGGCAUCUCCACUUUGGGGCUUCAGGAGCUGAAGGAGCAGAGUCCCUGCCCAAGCCGGGGCCGGGCUGAAGGCGGGGGUGCCAGCAGCCUGCUCCCCAACCACCACCACCCCCACGGCCCCCCAGGAGGCCUCUUUGAAGACUUCGCUUGCUAGGAUGGUGCUGUGUCCAAAAGGACCCAGGAGUCUGGGACUCCUCCUUGGAUCCCCCCCUGGACUCCGGCUCCCAGAACAGGAGGCCUGGGGUGGGGGUGGGGGGGCCCAAGGCUGAGGGAGCAAGAGCGGUGCCCACUGGAAGGGUGGGGUCUCUCACUCACCCUGGCGCCAGCUGCUUUGCACAAGGCUUCCUCUUGUGCACACCCUCCACCCCCAGGUUGGUGACCAGGGAGAA